AUGACUUCACUUGCUUCAACAAACCGCUACAUCCUCCUUCCUCCAUUGUGGCUCUUACGAUUCAUCUACCUGGAAGAUUACCAACAAUCUGCUUCCUCUUUUGUGUCAUUCACGACAUCCAUCUGGAAGAUUGCCUUGAAGUCUCGCAUCCCCUCCCCUCCUCCCUUCGAUUACCGGUCAAAGUGGUGUGGAGGCACAAGCCACUGGUUAAAAGCUCAGGAUGAAGAAGCAUCGAGCAUUUGCGGUGUGGAGGCACAAGCCGCUGGUGAAACUGCUAAGGGUGAAGAAGCACCAAGCAUGCGGUGGGGAGGCACAAGCCGCUGGUCAAGGAGCUCAGGGUGA